UUAUAUGACAGGAUAUAAGUAAUCACACAGAAUCACAGACCGUCACUCUGGAAGCUCCAGUUAGAAGUCAGGAAGACUCCUACACAACUCAGCUGAUCUACACAACUUCAUCAGGUGAGGACAGACUGAGUGGACAGAGAUACUUGGAACUUUUACUGAGCUGGAAAUGUGUCUGUUACUUGUCUUCACUUUCUCUUUGACCCAUGUUGUUGAAUUUUUUCCAACAGGUUGGAGUCAUGUCUUCAGAAAUCUUGGUGGUGGCUGCCCUGGGUCGACCUUUCACCUUAGGGACACUCUAUGAUGCUCGGAAAGAUAAACUGAUCCCAGGUUUCACGUUGUGGGAUGAUGAAGUUCUAAAAGAGAGCACAGUUGAAAGCUGUCAACCGAGCAGUGCAUUUGAAAUCAUUGCAUCUGAUUCCAUUGACGACAAGUCUUCUCUGAUGGAUAUAGAAGCUUCUCUGAAAGCCAGUUUCCUGGGCGGACUGGUAGAAGUUGGAGGAUCCGCCAAGUAUCUGAAUGAUACGAAGAAAUUCAAGAAUCAGAGUCGAGUGACACUUCAGUACAAAGCUACCACCAGCUUCAAACAGUUGAUGACUAAUCUUGGAACCAAACAUGUAGAAUAUUCUGAAUAUUUUCAGAACAUCGAGGCAACUCAUGUAGUGAUAGGGAUCCUCUAUGGGGCAAAUGCUUUCUUUGUCUUUGACAGUGACAAAAUAAAUUCUAGCAAUGUUCAGGACAUCCAGGGCAGCAUGGAAGCUGUGAUAAAGAAGAUUCCCUCGGUUGAAAUGGCGGGGCGAGGUGCUGUCCAGCUAACCAGUGAGGAAAAUGACAUAACCAACGGCUUCUCCUGCAAAUUCCAUGGCGACUUCUUUCUCACAAGUAACCCUACAACUUUUGAGGAUGCAGUUCAAACCUACCAGCAACUUCCACAAAUGAUGGGGAAAGAGAACGCUGUUCCAAUGACAGUCUGGCUCGUUCCGCUUGUACAUUUUUACUCUGAAGCACCUAAACUGAUGGCCGAUAGCAGCAGUCCAAUACUUAGAAAGGUUCGCAACACUCUGGAAGACAUGAGGCAAUUGGAAAUGAGAUGCAACGAUUCACUGGAAGACGACAUAGUGAAGCUGUUUCCACUGGUUAGAAAGAAGUUGAGCAAUUUCCAAAAAUUUUGUAAUGAUUACAUGUUAAACCUCCGGGGGACCAUUGCCAAGAAACUUCAUUCCAUCCGGAGUGGAGGCGAAGAUGAAAGUGAAAUGCUGAAACUUUUUGAACAAAACCUUAGAUCACCAUUCAACCUCGAUAGCCUAAACAUGUGGAUGGAAUGUGAAGAAAGAGAGAUCAAUGUCCUUAGGUCCUGCGUGGAUAUUAUAGAGGAAGCAAAGCACAAGGUUGUUUUAAGUCAGAGUAAGAUGGUCAGGGAGCUCCUUGAUUCAAAGGUACAGCAUGCUGUAUGCUAUGUCUUCACCUAUGUGACAGACUAUGAUCCCUACCUGAAGGUGUUAAGUGACUUCUCGGAAUCACCUACAAGUAAACCUAAGAAAUUCAGACCAUCGACAAAAGACUACUGGUACGCCUCAGACGAUGUACCGGAAAUGAUGAGAGAAAAAGCCCGCCUUUUCUACAACCUUGCCAAAGACAUGGACAACCGCUGUGUCCGUUUCCUUGUAGCGUCGAUAAUAAAUCCGAAGGAAGAAGGUGCAGCCAUCCACUAUUACAGGGAGGGCAUCCAGAUCAUUAAUGACUUUACAAAACCUUAUAUUCCUCCUGUGAAGACCAUACAAGACAGAAGGGAGUUACUCUGGUAUGACUGUGAGCUCACCCUGGACCCAGACACAGCCCACCCGGCCCUGACUCUGUCUGAGGGCAACAAAAAGGCAAUGUCUGGAGAACCGAAGCCAUUUGACAAUAACCCAGAGAGGUUCAAGCACCAUCAGCAGGUGUUGUGUGACAAGGGGCUGAGUGGGCGUCAUUACUGGGAGGUAGAGUGGUCUGGUUAUGUUUGUGCAGGUGUCACAUAUAGAGCAAUCGGCAGGACGGAAUCGGACUUAGCAGGCUCACUUGGACAUAAUGAGGGGUCCUGGGGCUUUGACUAUAAUCCGAAUUCUGGAUACAAUCACAUUUCCAAUAAUCAAAAGCUAACUGUCACUGUGUCCUCCCCUGGCUUUGCACGACUAGGAGUGUAUCUGGACUGGCCUGCUGGCACUCUGUCCUACUAUAUGGUCACCACUACCUGGGUGACUCACCUCCACACCUUCCAGACUAGAUUCACUGAGGCUGUUUAUCCAGGCUUCCUGAUUGGGCAUCCAAAACUGAACUGCAAGGGUCAGAUUAAAUUACUUUAACAUGUAUUUGUAUACUAAAUACACACUCUUUACUAGUGCAUGAAGUUAGUUCCUCAACUAGUGAUUCUAAGCUUAAUCAUUUUACUGGAAGUUGAGAUCAAAUUAUGUUAAGGUAUGAAAUGGUGUCAAUACUAUGAAUAUGUUGCCUACUCUUUCCCAUUUUCUGGUUUAGACUGUUUGUUGCUAUAUGACACAAUAAAUUAAUAUGACACCGCAAAUUAAAAAUAAGAUAUUGUUGGAUAUGGCAGAGAAAUAAACAGUUUAAAUAUUAUAGGGAAGCUACAAAUUACAUACAAUUUAAAAAAAAAAAGAAAAAAAAAGCAUGUUAAAGGGAUAAUUCAACAUUAGAGGGAACACGCUUAUUUGCUUUCUUGCUGAGUUAGAUGGGAAAUAUUGUAUUAUUGUAAUCAUACUUAUACGUAUAUUUUUCAGUCAGUGUGCAACAAACAUCAAACAGUGUGAUUAUGUUUACAACAACAAUCUACUUUAGAUCCUAGUACAAGUUAAUAAACGUUAAAGCUUUGUGUGAUAUUGAUUGGGUUAAUAGAUUGAUGGUUCUUCACAUGGCAGUAAAAAAAAGAAAGUCAGUCACUAACUGUCCUUAAAUGUUUAAUUUGUUUUUUUAAACAAGUAAUAAAAAUCUAAUGACUAAUGUGGAUUAUCGACAUAUCAUUGUUUAGUACAAUGUUAUCAUAACUGAUACAAAUGAUGGCCAAAAUCAUGAAGAGAAGACCCAAAUUGUAAUUAAAUUUAUUUCAGGAAUAGUGCAGUGAGUUGCUACAAUGUAAAGAUGGAAAGACAUUUUUAAGUUUAAGCUACAAAAUGAGAGUCCAGUUGUAAGAAACAGGAACUAUUCAUGAAAUGCCCACAAUGACAAAUAAUACAACUUGUAAAAUAACACAAAAUUA